AAUAAAAUCCUAGAAGGAAUUCCGGUAAAAUUUCCAACAACCCACAGUUAACAGUUGUAUUACCUGUGAUGCAGAUCAGGUUCACUUAUUGCAAAUUUAAUCUUCUUCAUAGUAAUUAGAGUCGUCUACAUACGUGUCCAGUCAAUAAAUAUAGCACUACUGGGAGAUAAAAGCAACUACUUCCAGGCAUCACUUACCUGCACGGUACUCGAAAUGCGACUCAUUUCUGGCAGCGAAACGGUACGGCGCGAGUGAACGUAACGUAGGCGUGAGGCCCGCCCUAUCACGUGACUGGGCGUCCUAUGCAUCACGUGACAACCACCGCUAUUUCCUGCAGUAUCACUGGCCGCCGUGCCUGCCGCAGUCUGCGGAUGUGCUGCUCCGGACCAGCUGGGAAGUGAACCUUCGUGCGUCCGCCUACUCCCCCCCUCCCCUUUUCCAUAGUUUUAGGCGUUGAGCAGGCUUGAGAGUUUCAGCCGACUUUUCCGCCGGAGCUGCUUUCUUCGAUACCUUCGUUUAGCCACAGCUUUAUUUAAUUUAGCCUUUAGCACAUUCGUGCGAGUAGCCCGUUUUCACAAUGGCGACAGCUGCGGUAUCGGCUCCUGCUGGUGACGCCUCCAACCCGGGAUCGGGUGCCGAGCUGGUCCGCGGGCAGGUCUUCGAUGUCGGUCCCCGUUACAGCAACCUGUCGUACAUCGGCGAGGGCGCCUACGGCAUGGUGUGCUCCGCCUUCGACCACAACAGCAACGUCCGUGUGGCCAUCAAGAAAAUCAGCCCGUUUGAGCACCAGACCUACUGCCAGCGAACCCUGAGGGAGAUCAAGAUCCUGUUGCGCUUCAAACAUGAGAACAUCAUCGGCAUCAACGACAUCAUCCGCCCCCCCUCCAUUGACCAGAUGAAAGAUGUCUACAUCGUCCAGGACCUCAUGGAAACAGACCUAUACAAGCUGCUGAAGACGCAGCAUCUUAGCAAUGACCACAUCUGCUACUUUCUCUACCAGAUCCUGAGAGGUCUGAAGUACAUCCACUCGGCCAAUGUGCUGCACCGUGACCUGAAGCCCUCCAACCUGCUCCUCAACACUACCUGUGAUCUGAAGAUCUGUGAUUUUGGGCUGGCCCGCGUGGCAGACCCUGAUCACGACCACACAGGCUUCCUCACGGAGUAUGUGGCCACGCGCUGGUACCGGGCGCCUGAGAUCAUGCUCAACUCCAAGGGCUACACUAAAUCCAUCGACAUCUGGUCAGUGGGCUGUAUCCUGGCUGAAAUGCUGUCCAACCGGCCAAUCUUCCCAGGAAAGCAUUACCUGGACCAACUGAAUCAUAUUCUGGGCAUCCUGGGCUCACCCUCUCAGGAAGACCUCAACUGCAUAUUCAACCUCAAAGCCCGGAAUUACCUGCUGUCUCUCCCUAUGCGAUGCAAAGUGCCCUGGAACAGACUCUUCCCCAAUGCUGAUCCGAAAGCUUUGGAUUUGCUGGACAAAAUGUUGACCUUUAACCCUCACAAGCGCAUUGAAGUGGAGGAGGCCUUGGCCCACCCCUACCUGGAGCAGUAUUACGACCCCACAGAUGAGCCUGUAGCUGAGGCUCCCUUCAAGUUUGAAAUGGAACUGGAUGACCUGCCUAAGGAGACCCUGAAGGAGCUCAUCUUCACAGAGACGGCGCGCUUCCAGCCUAGCUUCAGGACCUAAUUGGCAGAUCUCCCCUGGAUGGAUACAACGCCAGUGCUGCUGUCCUCCUCGCCAGCUUCUCUUCCAGAAUGUGCUUUGGUUCACGUCUCGGCUCAACAUAACUACCUUCCCGCUUGAUCGCUCGGGAAGGGCAUUGGGAAUUAUUCCCUCCCCACUCCCCCCCCCUUCUCUCUUUCUCUCUCUCUCUCUCACACUCACUCACUCUCACACACACACACACACACACACACUUGUUAUCCUUUUGCCUGUAGCUUUGGCAGGUGGGGCCACUUCAUUCUUUUUGGCUGUGGGGGGUGUCACUUGAAGAAUGGCUUUGAGAAUUAUUAUUAUUAUCAUCAUUCAUCAUCACCUACCGAAGAUAAAGGGAUAUUACGGGAUCUUAAUAAAGCACUUAUGGAACAUCCCACCUGCAGCUUUCCUAAACUUUCCAUAAACCCCUUUUGACUGUAGCCAGGCUGCUUGUAAUGUGGUGUCAGUGCUGAUCUGCAAAUGUCAGACAGAAUAUUAAGCCUCCAUUUCGAUUACAGACACAAGCACUUACCUGUAUAAAUGGGCAGCCAGGGAGGAGCAUGUACUUAACACUGCUUGGUGCUAAGGAGUCCCACCCCCUAAGUGACAGCACCUACUACUAAAGGGCUCCCUUAUACCAGCCCGAAACAAAGCCAGCCAGAGCCUAAAACUCCCCCGUUGUGUGGCAGUAGGCUGCCAGCCUCGUCCACCUCUCGUUCCGAACCUUUAGUGUCAUGUUAGCCUGUCAGCUGUUCUCCUAAGCAGUCUAAGUCGCUGCCCUGUAAGUGUGUUUCAUUAUGAAGAUUUUCUGUUCUUCCUCAGGCUCCAGCAUUUCACAUGAGGUAAUCUACAGUAAGUUACUACAGCAGAGCCCUGUUUUACAGCUGUUGUGAUGACUAGCUUGCUUUAAUACCAAGGCAGGCAUAAUCAAACUGUGUUUUUGCACAUCUUAUAGUUUGCCGUUAGUAUACCGACCUCCCCCCCCUCCCCCCCGGCCACCCCAGCUUUGCGUUGUUGCCUGAGGGUCGUAGACCCAUGGAGGCUUUAAACAUGCGCAUGUAGUUUCGCAGUGUGGAGCUUUGGCCUGUCCUCUCCUCCUGUGUGUGUAUCUCACACACAAACACAUACACACUCUGUCUGUCUCUCUCACUCUCUCUCCCCCCCCCCCCCCCCCACCACCACCUGCCCCCCGUAGUGAGUCGACCUCUCCCACCUUGUGACAAUUGACUGAAUUGACUGCCCUUGCAUGACUGUUAAAGCUUUCUAUACAAAGACUGUGUAAGUGCCACGUUGCUGGCCCUUCCACUCGGGAAUCUCGGGCUCCCCGUCCUCUACCUGAUUUGUGCUCUCGGUGCUUUCAUUUACAGCCUCCCCCCCCCCCCAAGAAAUAAAGCAAACAUCCCUCCCAUUCUGUCCUUUCGACUUUGAUUUGGAAGGUGAAAUUUUAGACAAAGCUUACCGCCAGACAAUGUUGGGCAUUGGCCUCAGUUUAGGAUGAAAAUGUUUUUGUAGAGAAAACAGAAUCUUGCUGCAGGUCUUAAAAACACCCUCUGUUUACAUGAUCAGACCUGUAAUUCAGCAAGUUGUUACCUUUUUAAAUCACAACUGAAAUCUUGGAGGGAUACUGGUCUUAUUGGACUUCAUAAUGGGCAUCAUAGGCUAAGACAUGGUAGAACUGGAAGCGUGACUCCUCUGGGCUGAUUAGUGUCUGCUUUGUGGUUUUGUCGCGCUGCAAUUCUGAAAAUAUCUGCAAUGGCUUGUUCUCUUGGAUUGGACGGUUUUGUUGGGAUUUUCAUUCUUGACAAGCCAAAGGCUCUGCUUCCUUUCUGAAGGCAAAUGAGAGGCUCAUUCAAUCACCUACUAGAGGAAUAGCCAUAAAUGAUCAAAUGACGGUUUGUGAAGCGGUUUAACUGUUCCUUUGCCUUGUAUCCUGCAUUUCCCGGAAAGCAAAAGCUUUGCUUCCCUGUAUUUUUGCCCUAGAGUACUGACUGUGCUCCAUGCAUUCAGUACUGUGCCAUUUCAAUGGAGUCUGUCCAGUCAGUCUAUCUUAGGGUCACUGACUGGGUGCGAGUGGGAGGCUAGUUCUCUAGAAACACACUGCAAAUUCUCUUGUAAGAUAAGCUUCUGCUGAAUCCAUGUGCAACCUGUCUGGUUUUGUGCCUUUAUUAGUCUUGUAUAACAAGAUUUAUUGCGUGCUUUGUUUAGUUGGGGAUCAGUUGUGAUUGCAGUUUUAUUCUUUAAAAAGAGAAAUCUUUAUUCUCACCAUUAUGUAAUUAAAGAAAAGUUAUAUUGCCACAGCUUUGUGAUUGUUAUUCUAUAUUGAAUAGGUAAGAGAUGGAGCAUUUUUUAAUUAUAUUAUUUUCCCCCUGCUCCCCCACCUUAUAUUUUUGGAUGCUUUGUGUAAAACCUUUUUUUUAUUGUAAAAUGAAUGUUUUGUUUCUAGUGAAUAUUAAUCUUGUUAAAUAAUUGUUUCCUUGUAUUAAACUACUCCUCUGUACAA